GCAAAUUGUUAACGAACUCAAAAUCCCCUGAAGAAGAAAUAAUCCCCAUUUCUUCGAUCUCGGUAAUUCCGAGCUUCAACACUGGCGACGUUAAUUAGCUUCGUCACAACGUUAAUUGCACUUCUCACGCUGUCCAUGGCGGUGGUUGCGAUGUCGCCGCCCACGGGAUGCACCACUAGAGAGCUGCUUUUGCUCUCUCCAUGUCUGCCUUUCAUUUCUGCUCCGCCAAACAAUCUUUCCGAUACGGUUCCUUCUGAGUGCUGUGAUGCGUUCUCCUCCGCUUACAGUGCCGGCGGAGGGAUUUGCCUUUGUUAUUUUCUUCGUGAGCCUCAGAUUUUAGGCUUUCCGUUGAAUCGAACGAAGUUCAUGGCUCUGUCUUCGUUUUGUCCUCUUAAUGGUGAAAACGGAAUAUAUUUGGAGAAGAAUAGUUCUCUGGACUCGGUUUGUGCUGCUUCACAAACUCUGCCUCCUCUUCAAAGCUCGAGGAUUCCAAGAAUCCAAGAGCCGGAUAGUCCUGCUGAUGAGAACAUAGAAACUCCUGAUGUGGGUUUACCACCAAAUGCAAUUGUAUCGCCCUCUGCACCUGCAGAAAAACCGCGGCCGCCUCCGUCAUCUGCUACAGCUGAACGUUUUUUAUUGGCAAGAAAAUGUAUUGGUUUGUUCUUUUCAGGUCCACUCUUCCUUAUUCACAUUUUGUGAUCUAUUGUAACCAUGGUGUAGAAAUCUGGAUCACGUAGUUGACUCUCAUUGUGAAAGCAAAAAUACCCAACUUUUCGUAA